UCACCUCCUUCCCACGGCAAUUCCCAUUCGGCUUCCGUCAACUUGAUAGCCUAAAUUACCUUUUUGUUAUCUCUCGGAAUUGAUUUCUCAAACUUGUUUCUCUAACUACUUUAUUGUACCCAAAUUUCCCUUUUCAAAACCCUACUUUUGCUUCUGAAGUUUCCUCUUCCUCCUGGUGGUGGCCUCAAAUUCCGGCGUGAAUUUUGUCAAGAAAUGGAAAUUGAUGGGAUAUCACUGGAACAACAUGGAGAGCUGCAUUGAUCUGCAAUCUAGAGAUUUUGGCUGCUUGGUUGAUUGUGCUUGCUGAUAUCUCUUUGAAGAACUAUAAUUUUGAUAAAAUUGUCCACAACUUUAUGCUUGAUUGGUUUUGGUUUGUGGCAUGAGUAAGAAUGUGGUAUAAUGUCAUUGUGAACAUUAUAUACUGUUUGAGGCUGCUUAAAAAUUGAUGUAUACCUUGCCUAUGAUAAAGAGUCUCAUUCCUAUCAUUUUAGAUAAAAGUCUGUCAACUGAGGCUUAGUAUAAUCAAGUUUUGGGGGCAGUUAAUGUUUGAUUCUGAGGUACCUAGUGAAGCUGAUGGUGCAGUGUUAAAGAGGAAGACAGAAGAGGAUGCAUCAGAAGGAAAUAGGAGGACGAAGAAAAAGAAGAAGCAAGUUGUCACACCUCGUCCCGCAUGCUCAUGGGUGUACUUUAGCCGGGAGUUUAUUAGGGAGUACAGUGCUUCCCAUCCUGAGUCCUCAGGCCUCAAAGCUGCUACAAAGGCAGCUUCAGAUGCUUGGAAGUCAAUGAGCCUUGAGGAGAAAGCAAAAUAUACUAGGCAUGCUCGUGAAGUGUGGGAUAAUUACUUGAGUACAGCUCCUGCCCGUAUUCCCAAGCCAAGAAAGCAGACUAAACUGGUCACAAGAUGCUCUCCUGGUCGUUUAUUUAAUGUUUUACAACGCCUCACAUUUGAACAAAAAGAAGCUGUCAAAAGCAUGGGUUUUGGCAGCCUCCUGGGCCUUAGAUGCCGAACCCUUCGUCGGAGUUUGUGUCUUUGGUUAUUGGAGAGGUUCAACACUACAAGACGUAGCCUGGACAUUUGUGGUGAGUGUAUAUCUUUAUCCCCAAGAGAUGUGGAACUUGUAAUGGGAUUGGCAGCUAGUGGGAAGGAUGUGGUGAACUCUGGGCCUGAUGAUCUUAUUGCUGACUUACGUCAUAGUUAUAAUGCUACAAAUCAUGGGAUAUCUGUGCGCCUUCUAGAAGAGCGUUUGGCAGUACCAGAAGCAGGAGAGGACUUCAAAAGAUCAUUUGUCCUCUAUGCAUUGGGCACUCUUCUAUCCCCAACAGCAAGGCUGGAUGUAAGCCCUUCAUUCCUCCAUUUUUUGACAAAUAUGGAUGUUAUCCAUCAAUAUAACUGGGGAAAGUUCUUACUUGACCGACUAGUUCGUGAGGUUUCUCGUUAUUGUCAAGGGAAGCAACGUGCUGUUGGCGGAUGUCUUUUGUUUCUCCAGCUCUUUUACUAUGAAAGCAUUUCAAUUGACGGAUCUGGUUGUAUGACUUCUGCUGUUAUUCCAUGCUUGUCUUCAUGGGGUGAAGAGGAGAUUAACGAUAGAGAAAAACGAGAGAGAGAGCUUGGUGGUUAUGGAUCUGGGAAGGUGGUUUGCAAGGAAAGGUUGGUUGGUAUGGAGUCAUCCAAGUACAGAGAUCAACUAGAUGUUCCACUAGCGAGUAAAAAUGAUCCUAUCUUUGAAGAGGACAGGAACAAGGCUGCAGAAGAACAAAUGAAUGGAGAUAUUGCUAUAGAUGAGGUAGAUAUGCCUAAUUUUCUUGAGAGCCAGAGUGUAGUCUGUGGGGACAUUGAGGUGGUUGUUGAAUCUAUCAGAUCUCUGUGCCGGAACAAAGAGUAUGGAUGCAACGAAACAGUGGAUUACACAAAGAAUGCUGACCAUGAAGAAACAUGCAUGUAUGCACCAUGUGCAUGCCCCCUUUUAUCCUGUAACUUUGUUGGAUCAUCGGAACAGUUGUCACUACACUUUAGCAGCAAACAUUGGGAUUCUGGAAGGCAAUUUAGGUACAAUAGCCCUUUGGCUGUUUGUUUAGGAAUGAAUGAAGAAUUCAUUGUUCUUCAAGCUGAGGAGGAUGCUGUGCUCUUUCUCCUCAACAAGGGUGUUGAAAAUAUCGGUAAUACAGUCAUGAUAACUCGUUUAGGCCCUAGCUCAUCAAAGGAAAAGUAUCUGUAUGAUCUUGUAUCUGAAAGAGGAAUCAGCUCUCUCAGAUUGAAGUCACUGACACAGAAUUUUCCAGGACGGGUAGAAGGGUUUCCUCCUAUGGACUUUCUCCUAGUUCCAUUUCGUUUCCUCGGUUCAUCUGGGGAGCUCCACUUGGAAGUUUGUAUAUGGAAUAAUAUAGAAUUUAGUGUAGAUUGUUCUUAAUCUGUCCAUCCCAAAACUUUCUGGAGAUUCAGCUUGUAAAUCAUAUUAGAAUAUGUCAGUCUGGGAGCGUUAACCUCAUCAAACACAAAAAAAAAUGAUGAAAUUUUUUUCAGAAGCUAGCUGAAAAUGGUAUUUUCUUAAUGAGGGCCGGUACUGGUAGAAUUCUUUGUUGCUGAGCCUAUAUGUGGGGAGUAAAUUUAAGCUUACCGGUAGAAUUUUCUUUCUAGGAUUCUCCUUGAUUGAUGGAGUAUACUUUGUAUGCAAAUAUAUUAUUCAAUUUGACAGUUACAAUAAUGAGCUUGGAUGCAAUCAUUGG